AUGGCAGAAGGAAAUAAACAAGAAGAAACACCAGGGAAUUGGUGGGAUGGCUGGCUGCAGGUGGCGAAGGACAAGUCCACAGCAGCACUGGAGCUGGUGAAAAAAGACCUAAGUGAGUUUACAUGUACAGUGAGGACAGACACAAGCAAUGCUGUGGCAGCUACCAGUGAUACCUUACAACAAACCAUACAGACAGAGAAAAGGGAGCCUGCGAUGAGCAUGGUGAAGUCGGGGAUAAGCUCCUUUCUGGACGGGAUCACCCGGGUACUCACCAUUCCUCCAGACGAUGACCCAGGGGAUAAGCUCACCAUACAGCCCAACGGAGAGGCUACAUACGACCGAAGCAGGGCCCGUCUGACUGCCAUACAGCUUGAUCCAGGCACUUACUGCAGCCAGCCAUCCGGGCCUGUGGAACAGUACGAAAUGUGGAGGGAAAACUUUGAUCUGGAAUGUAAAAAAGGAGACAUAUCUGAAAUGUUGGUCAGCCGGGUGGAAGUGAGGGCCUUGUACACAAAACUGGUGCCUUCAGAAGUAUCUCAUGCAGACUUUUGGGCUCGAUAUUUUUACAAAGUUCAUCAGCUGGAGCUGGAUGAGGCUAGAAAAGUUGCUUUAAUGAAACGAGCAGAGCAGACACGUGAUGAAUCUUUCAGCUGGGAUGAUGAUGAAGGGAGUGACAGCGAAGACAAAACCAUCCCGCCUGCUGAAGUUGGAAAAGUGACAACAGAGAGACAUGAAACAAGACAAACAAACCCUGACUCGCCCUCCAAUACUCAAAAAUCAACACCCCCACAAACUAUGAAAGACUUAUCAGAAACUUUUGCUAAUGCAAACCCCAGUUCAAGUAAUUUAAAUGUCCAAAAGCCCAAGGGCACAACGGAAACAUGUGGACCAUCAUCAACAGGAACGGUGAGUGAGAAUUUGACCAAGGACAUGCACCAUGCAGCCACUGAAGAAACCAGUCAACCACAAGAACCAACUUGUGAGAGGAAGCCAGGCACAGUUACCUCCCCUAAUGUGCCAGACAGUGGGAAUCAGACAGCUGCAAAGGAAUCGGGUGUUACACAGGGUAGUGGGAAGCAGGUAAAAUCUGAGGAAAAUGCGGUGUCAGAUGAAGGCAUUUCUGGAAAGCAGACGAAACCCACAGUGACAUCUGCCACAGGUGACAAAGUGGCUGACACUGGGGUGAAAGUUGACUCUAAGACCCUGACUGAGCUUAAGAUGAGGGAGAAAGGGGACAUGGUGGUUGUGGGGUCAGGCUCAUCUUCACCUGUCUCAGAGGCUAGUGCUAACGUCAAAAAAGAGGCAGUGGCUGGAGAAGCAACAGAUGAGGACUGGGAGGAAGACUUUGACAUUGAGCUGACUGAGGAGGAUAUACGGCUGGCUGAGGAAGCAGCCAAAAAAUACAAGUCGCCCGAAACUCUGGAGGACUUAGAUUUGAUGGAUGAAGAGGACUGGAAUUGGGACUGACAAGAGACUUCUGAUGUGCAUGGAGACACUUGUACACAAGAGUCUCUGCACACCCGUACAGGCCAUUGUUAUACAUGUACAUAUAUAUAUAUAUAUAUGUAAUCAUCUGAAUAUGCGUCAAGGGCAUAAACCCCCUUUAAUACCUUGCAUGGGAACGAUCAUUCCUUCCAGCAAACCAGGUGGUAGUAGUUUUUGAGCAGGGCUAUUUAGACAGAUCAGUGAUUAAGUUCUGUUGUUGAAUGAGGUGGUCGUCCAGCCAGUUUCUUACUGCUUUAUACCUGUCUACAUGUAGUGUCGAGCACGUACCUGAUGUGCUUUUCUCGUUACUAAUUUGUCAGGCAAUGGUUUGAGGUCGUCAGUCCACUUAUCCUUGUGAAAAAAAACCCCAAAAAACAAACAACCCAAAAAACUGAUACAUUGAUGAAGAAAUGGCUCUACCUUAACAAAUAGAAACAGUUCUAGUCUCUCACUGGUAAGUUAAGCUGGUCUCUUCUUGUAAGUUAAGCUAUUGGAAGCUCAAUGAUUUUACUACCUGGGGACAGUUGUUCAAAAGCUAAGCCUUAAUACCAGUGUCAUCCUAAUACAAAGUUAUGCUGAAGGCAUUAUUCUGUGUCAACUGAUAAAAUGGUACUUGUUGUGAAGCACUUAAACUGUCCAACCCAACCAAUGUAGUUUUGUAUCCUGAAUCAAAUUAAUAAUGUCCAUAAAUUGCAUUGAAAGUUGCUCCUUAUGCAAAAACAUGCAAAAAGGUUGAGGAAUUAGGGUAAUAGUGGGAUUAAAUCUUUUGAGCACUAUGUUCUUUUGCAUUCCAGAACUCCGGUCUGCCUAAAACUCUUUGACCCAAAGUUUCUUUGGGUUAGCUUCUCCGCAAAUUUCUUUGAUAUUCCAGUUUGGCGGAGUUUACAUUCUGCUUCAGUGUAAUCCUCACUUGAAAAUUUGUACUCAGGUUAGAUGAGAUAGGUUAAUUGCCAUGAUCUGACAUGGAGAGAGUAUGCGGUCACACAGUAAAGUUUGACUGCUUAGUAGCUCUCCAGUUUGCUUCCGUACCAACGAUUUUUCACCAACUUACAACCCUUCUGUGCUCUGGGAGAAAAACAAUAAUUGUUUGCUAUUGAAAUUCAUGUGGGUUUCCUGUUUUCAGUGGAUUUGUACUCUCAUCAUACCUAACCAGAUAGGUGUCACUUUGGCAAUGUUUACAAGUUUAUGUUUAAUCAUUGCCCGUUACAUUUCAGAGACACCUCAAUUUCUGUAUAGUUAACUAUCCUACUGGUACUCUGGCAGUACUGGUACUUUUCCCUACAGAAAAGAGCAAAUUGUUUUCCACGAUGUGAAUGGAUAUAUAUGCACGUGUUAUACAUAUAGGAUGUUCUCAUGUAUGAUUUAUCAAAUAAAUGAAAUAAACAGUAAUAAAAUAAUUAACAUUUUUUAAUAAGUAAUCUUUACAUCUUCCAGUUUUUAUGAACAUCUGUUGCGUGAACAUUGAUAUAUGUUUAUAUACAUAGGGAAGCUGUGGAUUCCAAAAUUGAUUAUAGAGGUAAUCUGCUGUGCUUUCCUGCCAUUACCUGCGAGCUUUUCGUAGCUUCGUGAUACGGCAUCAUGGACUUGCUACAGUAGUCCACUCUAUUGUCUGUGCAUGGCCUAUGUGAUUGUGUCACGUUGAUUAAUACUGUGAUAUAUGCUUUGUGUUAAUAUAUCUUGUUACUUUCUGUUUUAUGGAAUCUGGUCUUAAAGUAGUAUACAUGCACAUGUAGUUUGUGUGUGAGUUUAACUGAAAAUGUUAGUUAGGUUUCCUCAGUGUAUUGUAUGAAAUGUGUAGAUUAUUUGUUCACUCGUUCAGCAUACCUGACAAUGACAACAUGUUCACACAUUAAGCAUACCUGACAAUGACAGCAAUGUUCACACAGUCAGCAUACAUAACAAUGACAACAUGUUCACACAUUCAGCGUACCUGACAAUGACAACAUGUUCACACAUUCAGCGUACGUGACAAUGACAACAUAUUCACACAUUCAGCAUACCUAACAAUGACAACAUGUUCACACAUUCAGCGUACCUGACAAUGACAUGUUCACACAUUCAGCAUAAAUAGCAAUGACAACAUGUUCACACAUUAAGCGUACCUGACAAUGACAACAUGUUCACACAUUAAGCUUACCUGACAAUGACAACAUGUUCACACAUUAAGCGUACGUGGCAAUGACAACAUCUUCACACAGUCAGCAUACCUAACAAUGACAACAUCUUCACACAUUCAGCGUACCUGACAAUGACAUGUUCACACAUUCAGCGUACCUGACAAUGACAUGUUCACACAUUCAGCUUAACUGACAAUGACAACAUGUUCACACAGUCAGCAUAAAUAGCAAUGACAACAUGUUCAUACAUUAAGCGUACCUGACAAUGACAACAUGUUCACACAUUCAGCGUACCUGACAAUGACAUGUUCACACAUUCAGCUUAACUGACAAUGACAACAUGUUCACACAGUCAGCAUAAAUAGCAAUGACAACAUGUUCAUACAUUCAGCGUACCUGACAAUGACAACAUGUUCACACAUUCAGCUUACCAGACAGUGACAACAUGUUCACACAUUAAGCGUACGUGACAAUGACAACAUGUUCACACAUUCAGCAUACAUAACAAUGACAGCAAUGUUCACACAUUUAUACUAUAUACAGUAUUACUCAGUUAAGUAUACCAAAUUUUCACUGUAGACAGAUAUGCCACAAACAAUUUGUCUGUAAUGCUGUUAUUCAGAGUAAAUGAAAAUUUGCUGAAUCUGUAAUGCCUUAGUGCUUUAAAGUGAAGUUACUUCGAAACACGUACAGUGGUGGUGGCCUUCGUGCAUAACCUGCAUCUAAGGGCAGAUAACUAUAGCAAUGCUUUCUGAUGGACAGUUUUUCUGAUAUAAUCACAACAUCUGGCUUAUCAAACUCAUUCAUACACAUAUUUAACAUUUAUUUGAUUGGUUAGUUGAGUUAUUAUGGUAAUUAACCAUGCACAUGAGGUUGUAAAUAAAUACAUAUUAAUAUACCUACCAGUGGUUCUGG